UUCAUUUAUAGAUUUCUUAGUCUAAAUCGAAUUGCUUACCCUUGGUACAAGUUUAACCAAUACUUAUUUUUGCUUAUGAUCAAUGGUAAUUUGUUUGAAAAAUCAAUAGCAAAACAUGUUUGCUUUUAUCUAUCUCGCACGCAAUUUCAUCUGUACCAAAUGGUGCCUAUUGUUGCAUAAAUUGCGGAUCGAUUAUCUUUUCUUGCCUUGCAUUAAUUGACUUGUCGGCCUUUAACCGAUGAGCAACUCUUUGUCUGUGCUCUCAGGGUAACUUCUUCAGAGAGAUAUUCUCUAAUGAUGGCCUGGAUUGGGUUUAUAUUCCUAACAAUAUUCAUGAUGUUGGCGGCAACAUCUCACGCAGUUUUGCAGUACGGGCAGAUUACGAACAAGAUGAUCUGUGAUACUAAUGACAACAAGCUGAUUGAAGAUGUAGCAGUAUGCAGAAAUGAACACAAAACUGAAAAAAAUUUGGAAAUAUCCAAAAAGUGCUAUUCAAAAAUAGAUCCUGAAACCAAUGGCGAUACAGCAGCAUUUAUGAAAACUGCAUGUAAGGAUCUCACACUUUACGAUAAAGUUGAUGAUUGUUUUGAAAUAUAUAAACAAGAUCAACAUGAGAUGAAAGAUACAGCUGCAUAUGGGAGCUGUCUUACUCAAGCAUUUUAUGAAAAUGGCCAUUACGAAAUGUUGGGUAUGAACUUUUUAGAUGAUAUGGCAUUUGGAUAUGACGGCUUUGGAGGUGGCUUUUAUGGAUUUUAAAGUGCUGUGCUACUACUCAACGAAAUGCGUAAAGCAUUUGUUAAAAGAAAACGUAAAAGAUGCUGAAAUUACA